AUGGCGGACCUCUACUUCAUUUUAGAAGAUGAAGGUGUUGUGGAGGAAGAGCCGGUGCGCACAUUCAACAGUUGCCGAGAUGCUUUCUCUUCAAUGUCAGAUGACGAAUUCGUGGCUACCUUCCGUCUGCCCAAGGAGGCGGUCAGAGAAGUAUGCGAAGCUGUUCGGGAGGAUCUGCAACGCACUCGGCAGUCGCAUCGUACGACGUUGACCGUGGAACGGAGGGUGCUAAUAGCUCUUCACUUCUAUGCCACUGGAGCCUUUCUGGGGAACCUUGCGAGAGAAGACACCAUCGCCUGCAGCAAACACGCGGUAUCAGAGGCUAUUCACAAGGUCACCGAGGCCAUCUUGAAGAACCUCGCACCGAAGUACCUGCGAUUCCCCACCACGCCCGAUGAGAAGCUACAAGUGAAGCGUGGCUUCUACGAACUGGCCGGCUUCCCAGGCUGUGUUGGGGCUAUCGACGGUACACAGAUUGCAAUUAUGCAGCCAAGCCUCUCUGAUCCGCGGUUUGUUGAUGGUAAUUACUAUUGCCAUAAAGGCUAUCACUCCAUCAACGUCCUGAUGGUUUGUGACGCCUUGAGGCGGAUCCUUUUUGUGAACGCAAGGUUCCCCGGAUCAUGCCACGAUGCAUCUGUAUGGGGAGCCUGCAAUCUGCACCAAGCAGCUGCCACUGUAUUCGAAGAUGGAGAGUGGCUACUUGGUGACAGCGCGUACCCGCUCCAACCCUGGCUCAUGACACCAGUUCGUUCUCCCUCAACACCCGAGGAACAGCGUUUUAACAGUGCACACAGAAGGACCCGUGUGCGCAUUGAGCACUGCUUUGGGGUACUGAAGAUGCGAUUUCGGUGCCUCCAGAGGUACCGCACAUUGCACUUCGCUCCGAAUCGGUGCUGCAAGAUCAUCAACGCCUGCGCCGUCCUCCAUAACAUGUGCUUAGUGUACAACACUGUUGAGCCUCUGGAUGACGCUGGUGAGGAACGGGCGGAAGGUGGUGCCACAGCGGACCCGGAGGAGGCUGGAGCAGAGGACUAUGAGCCUGACCCUGUGUCCGUGACAAAUCGUGCAUCACAACUCAGAAGCCAGCUCAUCAGACAGUGUUUCAGAUAA